CCCCCGGCUCUGAUUUCUUCUCCCGAGCGAGCUCGGCAGGAGACUCAGGCGCUGGCUGCCCCGUCCGCUCUCCGCCUCCGCCGCGCCCUGGUCGCCCGGGAUGGGCCCCCCCGCCGCCGCCGGAGCCGUCGCCUCCCGGCCGCCGCCAGAGCCGCACUCGCCCUGAAGCCCGGGCCCCGCGUGCACCGACUGGCCCUGCAGCCUCGCCCCGCUGCCCGCACCGGCGGGCGGUAGAGCGGUCACGAUGCUGCCGCCCUUGCCCUCCCGCCUCGGGCUGCUGCUGCUGCUGCUGCUGUGUCCCGCGCACGUCGGCGGACUGUGGUGGGCAGUGGGCAGCCCCUUGGUCAUGGACCCCACCAGUAUCUGCAGGAAAGCACGGAGGCUGGCAGGGCGGCAGGCUGAGUUGUGCCAGGAGGAGCCGGAAGUGGUGGCUGAGCUGGCGCGGGGUGCCCGGCUUGGGGUUCGAGAGUGCCAGUUCCAGUUCCGUUUCCGCCGCUGGAACUGCUCGAGCCACAGCAAGGCCUUUGGGCGCAUCCUGCAGCAGGACAUCCGGGAGACCGCCUUCGUCUUUGCCAUCACGGCGGCGGGCGCCAGCCAUGCAGUCACGCAGGCCUGCUCCAUGGGCGAGCUGCUGCAGUGUGGCUGCCAGGCACCCCGCAGGCGGGCCCCACCGCGGCCCCCUGGCCUGCCAGGCACCCUUGGGCCCCCUGGCCUUGUGGGCUCCCCAGAGGGCAGUGCAGCCUGGGAGUGGGGAGGCUGUGGGGACGAUGUGGACUUCGGGGACGAGAAGUCCAGGCUCUUUAUGGACGCGAGGCAUAAGCGGGGAAGUGGAGACAUCCGAGCGUUGGUGCAACUUCACAACAAUGAGGCGGGCCGGCUGGCGGUGCGGAGCCAUACGCGCACUGAAUGCAAGUGCCACGGGCUGUCGGGCUCAUGCGCUCUGCGCACCUGCUGGCAGAAGCUGCCCCCGUUCCGAGAGGUGGGCGCCGAGCUGCUCGAGCGCUUCCACGGCGCCUCGCGUGUCAUGGGCACCAACGAUGGCAAGGCUCUGCUGCCUGCGGUCCGCAAUCUCAAGCCGCCGAGUCGCGCUGACCUGCUCUAUGUCGCCGACUCUCCCGACUUCUGCGCCCCCAACCGGCGCACAGGCUCUCCAGGCACGCGCGGCCGCGCCUGCAACAGCAGCGCCUUGGACCUCAGCGGCUGCGACCUGCUGUGCUGCGGCCGCGGGCACCGCGAGGAGAGCGUGCAGCUCGAGGAGAACUGCCUGUGCCGCUUCCACUGGUGCUGCGUAGUGCAGUGCCACCAGUGCCUCGUGCGCAAGGAGCUCAGCCUCUGCCUCUGACCUGCCGCCGGCCUCUCCCAAGGCGCGCAGCGCUGCCUCUCUACCUGUGUGACCUCUGGGCUCCAGCAGGAGGCGCUGCCGUGGCCCAGUUUACCCUGGCAAAAGUCCAUCUCUCAAGCCUCUGGAAACUGAGGUUGGAGGUAUUCGCGUGCCCAGGAAGGCCCAGUGCGGCGGAGGGAUCCCCAGAGGUGCUUUAACGGGUUCUGGGGAGACUAUACGCUGCAGGGAGCUCCGCGGUUUCCCUCUUUUGGUCCCAGAUGGAAACUUAUCUACGCCUCUGGAUGCGGGGUCCUCAGAACUGCUGGCCAUGUGCUGGGUGGGUGAGUUUAGUAUCAAUAAAGAUAUUUAAACCAA